GGGUUUGAGCGUGCAUAGCAUUCUGGCGUGAUAAAAAGAGGAGGAAAAGGUUUGGAAAAAAAUAUAAAUUAAACAAAAUGAAUCAGGAAAAAAAAGAAGAAGCUAAUACCUCCUUUAAUAAAAAAAAUUCCGAAGUAGAAUUUUUUACGCCCAAAUCAAAUUUAGCCCAUGAGUGUGUUAGCAGAAAUGCAGCAUUUGACAAUUUACACAAAUAUGUCAAUACGAAUGUUACAAAAGAUAGGCUAAAGAAACGAAAGGGACAUUCGAAAAGUUGUGCUCCUGCUGUGAAAAGGAAAAAUGUCCCCUCAAAGGAAAAGAACAAAGAAUGCUCCAUUUUAAAUUAUUUAACCGGAUUUAACAAUGCGAAAAAUAUUUUCUUUAAAAACGCCAAUACAGAUGGUGCAAAAAGGAAAGGAGAGAUCCCCCCGAAAGACAGCACAAUUAAAAAAAUAAAGGAAAAGAUAUCAGGCGUAAAAAAAAAUAAAAGCGCCAAAAAAAGAAUUUUUUCCGAAAGUUCAACAAACAUAUUGAGGUACUUUAAAAAUGUCGAUACAAAUAGCAAAGAAAAAACGGAACUUCCUACCCAGUGUGGUACAGAUAAAAAGGCACAAAAUAGUUUAGAUGAUAAAACGUUUAGAGAUGCUAACAGCAAAUUAUAUGCCCAUGGAAAUGGUGGGAAGAGUGCUGACGCACAUAACGAUAUGUAUUACGGCGAAAAUAAUGUGCACUCAGAAGAGGGGGGAAACCGAAAAAGAGUUAGGAGUGUAAAUUACGAAAACAAAAUGUCAAACGAAGAGAAAAUGCAAUAUGAUCAUGUUCAAAAUAAUGUUAACUUAGAUUGUAACGACGAGGAAUAUUUGCAAACUGCUUAUCUAUAUUGUAAGAAAUAUUUCCUGUACCGUAAAAUGGAAUUCCUCAGCAAGUAUUUGUUUUACCGUCAGAAGAGCAUAAAAAAUUUUAUUUUCCUAAUUGAAGCCCUAUUUUUGCGAAAAAAACACACAGAUUUGUUGGACAUGCUGAGGCGUUACAAACGGUUGUGGAUAUUUUCUUGCAAAGGUGUAAAGGCAAAGGGGGCAGCGGAAAAAAAGAACAAUGCGCGGCACAAAGUCGAAAGUGGGGACAUUUCAACGAAGGGAAAUAAUUCCAAAUGUGGAAAAAAUUGCACUCAAUUGAUUUAUCAUAAAUGCAGAAGGAGUACAUUUUAUAUGGCUGCUUUGCAAAAUGGCCCAAACCCCCCUACAGGGGAAAGCGGCGACUUGGAGAAUAGCAACGUUUGCAACAUUAAACAUAGGCAAGUACACAAAUUUAAAAAAAAAAAAAAAAAAACGCAUACACACAAAAUGUGUAACACGGAAUUGCUUUGCAAACAUAAAAAUUUUUGUGAAGUAAAUAAUUCCAUUGGGGGCGUCAUAAACGGGGGGAAAACAUGUAACAGGAAAACUUGCAAUAAAAUAUACUGCAUAUGCUAUGUCGCGUUCGUAAAAAUUAUGUCGCUCAUCAGAAUGAAAAAUCAGAACUGCUUAAACAAAUGCGUAAAUUUUAUACAAAAAAUAAGUAAAAAAUGCUUACUGAGUAAAAAUGGCCAUUAUUUAACCCAUGCAGUUAUUCACUUGUACGAAUUAGCAGGUUUGUACAAUUCCGCCCUGAAAUAUUCAAUGCUGCUAUUUUUGAAGUGUCCUGUGUAUCCCCAAAUUAUUCUGAAGCUCUUCAGUUUUUCCAUCCUAAGCUUAAAAGUUGAAAUUUAUUUAAUUUUACUAGCCAAGUAUUGUAAGAGCAUUUCCUGGAUAAAAUAUUUCCUCCUCUUCAUUUUGUACUCAGUGAAUUACCAGUUUCGCAACAAAAAAACCGUUAGCAAUUUUCUCUUCCUCCUUGAUGGCGUCACAAAGGGGGGAACAAACAUUGAAAAAAGGGGAAAAACGAACAAUGUGGAAAGAAAAAAUGCCACAAAAAAAGCGGAAAAAAAUCGCACCAAAAGUGCCCACAACGAAUGCUCCCCCAGAGGGGAAAAUUGGAUGCGCGGUUUUACACCUGAUGAACAGGGAGAAAAAGCGCUCCGCGAAAAAAGUGACCACAACGAAAUGGGGGGGAAAAUUAAACAAAAGAUGUGGGUUCAAAGUAGAAAAGUCCCCAUGCAGCGGAUUUGCCAACUCAUCCACGACAGUGAAGGGAACAAUAGGGGCGAAUGUAGCGAAGGGAGUGAAUGCGGAGGGGGGGGGAAAAGAAAACACGUUGACCUCCCACAAUAUAUAAAAAAACAUUCGAGUAAACAAAACUUUCACAAAUAUAACGAGAACAGCAAUGUACACAUUUGCAAAAAAAUAACACUGUACAACUCUUUAUAUAGCAAAGUGACAUUGUACGAUGCGUAUGUGUACAUUACGCAAAAUAAAUUUUCAGAUUAUUUUCCAAAAUUUUUCCUAUAUUCGAAAUUGCACAUAAUAAUAAAUAUCAAAAGAAGUUUUUAUGAACAAAAUUUCCCCAUGUGUUAUAGUUUAUGUAAACUGUUAUUAAUGGAUCAUACGUAUGACUCAUCAGUAGUAGCAUUUUUUGUAAACUCUGCUUACUUAUUAAAAAAGGUUGGCGCUAUAAAACGACUGGCUCAAGAAUUAAAAACAAACAAUCGAAGAAUUUAUUUCCUCUUCUGCAAUGCAGCUUUGUUGUUACAUUUUAAGCAAAUCGAACGAUCUAUUCAAAUAUAUAAAUAUAUCGUGGACUCAUAUCAAAACGUUUUUUCAGAUCUCUAUUUUUAUUCUUUGUUUAAUUUAAUAUAUGCCCUACAAUUAACACAAAAGGCGCAUCAAAUUGUUAUUUUUUGUAAAAAUUUAAAUAAGCUAUUUUUUAAUAAUAUACAUUCUUAUAUACUACUAUCAUACUACUACUUUGUAAAUGACAUUCCCACCAAGUGUUACGCCUCCCUUAGGAGGGCUCAUCACAUAUAUCGAUACCACCCUGAUACGUUUUACCUUCUUGCCUUACUCGCGCUACAGGCUAAAAGGUAUGAAGAAUACUGCGCCUUUAGCGAACUGGCUCUUUUUUUCAGUUUAAGGAACCGAAAUCUCAGAAACUACGUUUUUUCCAACAUUUAUGAAAAGCAACAUGAGUACGUUCCCUCUUAUUUGUUAAACUACCAUUUGGAAAUAAACCAUUUCGACAGAAGCAAAACUUUGGGGGUCCCCAAUUUAAGCUCCCUCUUGAAUUACGUGUACUUUGAGGGGUUAAUAAAAUCUUACAUCAUACUUCACUUUUGUUCGGCGAAAAGGUAUGCAGAAAGAGCGCAGGAAAGCUCGCGCUCAAUCGAGCUGACACUGCUACAAAGAAACUACAUCCAUGUUUCAUUGAAAAAAAUUGGGAAAAAAAACGCCUUCUUUUUUAGGUCCCAUAUAAACUAUAUCAUGUUGGGUAAAAACCUGGGCAUCAUAGCUGCACAGUUUUUCCCAAAUGAUUUAGGCCUAUUACAUAGUAAGGGGGAAAGGGCAAUAGUGCAAAAUGCAAAGGUUUUGAAAUAUAUCGAUGACGCUAGACGAAAGGAGAGAAAGAAGAAGAAGGAGGAGGGAAAAAAAAAAAAAGCCCAAAUUUUGCAUUAA